AUGUCUCCACCGCUCCACAUUGUUAAGCCAACAAUUGUGGCACCACUUGGUUCAUCUGCUGAUAUCCCAAUCACGGUGAAAAUUGAGUCGUCUACUCUAUUGCAACUUAUUGAGUCUAUCUAUGAAAACGACGACGACUCAGAAACGCAAACCAGAACAGUCGGUACUUUGUUGGGUACCAGAUCAGACGAUGGAUCAAGCAUUGAUGUGAAGGAAUGUUACAUUGUUCCGCACAAAGAAGAGGAUGAUGAGUUGACCAUUGAAGAAGCAUACCAUAUUUCUACGUACCACUUAUACAAACGAGCAAACCCAGAGCUUCAAGUGAUCGGUUGGUUUUCAACGAGUCCCGAGUUGGACGCAUAUACAGGAUUGUUUCAUGAAUUCUAUGCCAAGGGAUCUUGCGCUCCUUACCAGCCGGUGUUGCUCACUUUACAGUAUAGAGAAGAAGAGUCUGGUGCCAUCAUCUCUCCUAUAAUUAAGACAUACAUCUCUUCUCCUGUUGGAUUACCGACUUAUUCCACCAUUGCAAGUAAAUUGAACUUGGAUAAGACCGGAUUUUAUGCCUUUGUCCCUAUUCCAAACGAAAUUAGUUAUUCAAAGAAUGAGUUGACUACUUUGAAGUAUCUCUCCGGUGCUAGCAAAAAGGAAGAAAGAUCUUUUGAUUUGGAGGGACUUGACGAACUUCACCAGAUGUCUAGCGCUGUGUCGCAAAUCUCUGACCUGAUAAAGAUCUUACGGGAUUAUGCCGGAAGAGCAUCUAAAGGUGACAUUAAAGGUGAUGAUAAGAUUGGUCAGUUGUUACUCUCCAACUUGAACUACAAGCCUUCAGGAGUGGAUAUCGAGGCCUUCAAAAAAGACUUUGAAUCUCAUCUUAACGAUACCUUAUUGAUCCAAUAUUUGGCAUCCUGCGUUAAGCAACAACUAGACUUGAGCGCCAAGUUGACCAACUUCGUCGCACCCGAGGAUGCUAUCAAGGAAUAG